UUUUGACACUGCCUCCUUCUCCUCCUUCCAGGAGAUAAUUGUUUCCUUCUGUACAACAUUUGCAGCUAGAUCAGAGGCGGAGGCUUUGCAGAUGCCUCGCCUAUCUUUCUGGGAAGUGGUUUUCCGUUCUGGUCUCAAGCCACAGUUAUACCAGACAGGAGCAGAGACUUCGCUGCAUUCAAGAUUCCAGCCCGGCUCUCAUCCCAGCUAAAGACAAGAUCUGGAAUGAAGCAGAGCUUUCUUACCUUUUGCCUCCUGGCCACCUUCACAGACACAGGAGAGUCUGUUUCGUGUGAGACUUGUUUUGGCAUGGGCCAAACCUGUGAGGGAACUUCGCUGGAUUGUCCUCCUAAUACAGACACAUGUGGCAUCAUACAGCUAAGAUCCUCAGGAGUGUUCGAGGAAGAUCUAAUUUGGAAGACUUGUUUUCUUUCAAAAUACUGCAAUGAAUCACACCGUUCUAUCGAUUUUGGCAUCACAGGACAAAUGUUGAUCAAAACGACCUGCUGCAUGGGAAAGGAGUGUGAGGUCAUUCCAUCCUUGCCACCCAUCAACACCACCCCCAAUGGGAAGAAGUGUCUGGCUUGCUCUUCUAUGACCAAGCGUGACUGCAAGGGCGUGGUUGCCGAAUGCACAGGAGACCACACUGACUGUGCUGACCUCAGAGUGACUGGAGCCUUUGGAUAUCUGAACAAGUCCUUUGUCCUGAAAGGCUGUACCAACUAUCAUGUCUGCAGAGAUACGUUACUGGGUUUCUCAGAGGGCUUCAUCACAGGACAUUGUGUAAUAUCCUCUGGACCGCCUAUUGCCACUCCAAGAUCACUUCUCCUCUUCGUCCAAACCUUUUCUGGGCUCCUUCUACUCAAAAUCCAUCUCUGAUUUGUUCCAGGGUAGAGAUAUGUGGGUGUUGAUUGAGCAAUCCUUUCUCACUGCUGUUCUUCCAUCAAAUACAGAACAUUUUUUUCACAGGAUGUGCAGCAGUGAUGCUAUAAUUUAAAUGCUCCCCCUCUUUUUUGAGGGGAUGGGGCUAUGGUUUGGCUAAGUUUUUUCUGAAAACCUGGCAGUUCCCCCAAAAUUUACGCAGACAUCUCCCUAAUCUGUACAUGGUUCCAUUGUGUGUGUGUGUGUGUGUGUAUCUUGAUGCUGGGAUCAGGUUUAAAAUGGGGUAUGUGGAUGGAAUAACCAUGUUCUUUAAGGAAGGAAUUCAUAGCUGCAUUGUCUCUUGUGUUUACACUCGUGACCCCAUCUAUGGGAGGAAGGAGUUGCAGAGAGGAAGGAGGGUGCUUGGUGGACCUGGAUACCUCAAACUAUUAAGCAAGAUGAAAUCAAUCUUUUCGUACCUGAAUCGGUGAUGUGAUUCAGGUGAUUUUGGAUUUAACCAUCUUCCCCUCCUCCCCCUCCUUCAUAAUUAAUGCCAGGUGUUCUGAGGAGUACUUUUCCCAGAAUGUACUGGGUAAAGAAAGUGGAGGAAUAAAGACGGAGGUGAGCUGGGAGGGUCUCUCCGAUGUGUGACCACAGUCUACUUGGUGGGGGAGCCCUGCUGAAUCGGAGUGACUGGCAUCCCGGAAUUUCAACCACAGUGGCACUACUGAUUUACAGUUACUUCCAUGUGCAAUCAAAGCAUAUGUUCAUAUAACUUUUCAAAAUAUUACUUUUAUAAUGUAACAUAAAAACGUCGCUGUCAGUUUUAGAGUCUUACUUGUAAACCAAAUGUACUCUGAAUAAAUGGCGAUGUAAGU